AUGCCCGAGGCGGGCGCUGGGGGCACAUCGGGCGCCGUUUUGGGGUCCUGCAGAGGGGGGAAGGCCGUGAACUGGCCGCGCUGCGGAGGCGCCCGCGUGUGCGAGUGGACGCUGCUCGAGUGUACGGUGCUCGCGGUACGAGACGGUGUCGGGCCGGGUGUUGGCCUUCCGGCUAUUGCUGACGUAGACCGCAACGCCAUCGGGCGGCGGGAGUCUCUGUCGCGAGCAUCAGCGCUCGUGGGAGCGGAUUCGGCCUCGGUGGCAUGUUUGCCGGGGGGCAUGGACGGUGGGGGUUUCGGCGCGAGGGACGAGGUGCUUGUCGACGAGAGGGGUGUUUUGGGUGGCUUGGACGAGCUGUGGAGAGACGCUUGGGAGGCGGAUUGGGAGCGUUGUCGAAUGGAUAACUCGGAAGGCUUUCGUCUGCGGUCCUGGCUCUUGGUGGACAGGUGA